CGCUUCGACCCUCGGUCUAUGCCCUAUCGCUCCCUUUGCGAAUUCCUUACCAAGCAAGCUCAUCUACUUGAGUCCGCCGCAGUGCUACUUCGCUCCACCGUCGCCAACGCGCGAGAGAGGCGCAACGACGACCAACUCUCCCAUCCCCUUCCGACGGAGCUCCUCUAUCUCAUAUUCACCUACUUGAUCUCCGAUCGCGCCUUGGAAUGCAACACGGACCUCGUACACGCGUCACACGUGUGCCGCCGAUGGCGAACCGCCGCACUCGGUAACUCUAGCCUCUGGACGCUCUUCGACGUAAAUGGAUCAAGGAGGAUGCACGAUAAAGCUCAAGCGUUCAUGGAAAGAUCGGGCGACAAGUUAAUCGACGUAUACUGCUCCAGAGGACCACGGCGCAUAUCCGUCCCACCCAUUCUCGAAGGGCUUCUUCCGGUAUCAAAGAAAUCUCAUCUCAUCCUCUCCCUUAUUAUCAAUAGGCGCGACGAGCUGAUGGCUCCACUAUUUCUCCAGUCGAUAUGGGCGGAGGGCUUUGCUUCGCACCUUCGCACCCUGCAUAUCCUUGGGUCUGAAAACAUACCGGAGCGUCAUGGAGAUCCCUUCGCGUCGAUAGCAGUCAACGGGUUACGGAUGUUCGAGGAAAAUAUUUCCGGAGACCCCAGGUGGACGCCCACUCCCCUCCUACGUUCCCUUCGACUCCAUGGAUUCCACCUCCACUGGAACUCGCCCGCCUAUCGCAACUUGACGGAGCUUGAGCUCAGAAUACCUGAUGUCGAACCGCCAAGUCAGCGGCAACUCCUCCGGAUCCUCAAGGCGUGUCCCGAUCUACGCCGGCUCGAUCUACGCCUUUCCGGCAUCGCAGGGCCUUUUGUCGCGGCAGCUCACAGAGUAUGGGACGUCUCUCUUCCCAACCUCGACACCCUCUCUCUUAACAUGCCACCGCCCGCCUCGAUCGCAACAGUUCUCGAGCACCUCAUCCUUCCCCCAACCACGCGCUACUCUUUG